AUGUCAUCAAGACGUGGAGAAUAUGGUUACCGAGAUGGAUCGGUACAGUUUCCACGACGUUCCUCCCGAGAGAGACAAGCGAUUUAUAUGAGCCUGGAUGAGAAUUUCCUCCUCGCCAAUUCAACGGGGGACUCACUGUUACGCUCUCUGGUCGACCGAGCCAAUAGAUCGCGGGAUCCAAUAAGUAGCUCAUAUGUUCUGCCUCAUUCAUUUCGCUAUUCGACAAGAUCAAAAGAUAGGAUCUAUGUAGAUACGUACGGAGUUCCUACGAAUGGACAGAGCGACGUUGAUGAUGAUUUCGAAGAUUGUGUGAUGCAUUCAAAAAUCCGGAAAAAAUCGAGGUCGAAACCAUCAUCUCCAGUUGACGAGGAGAUCAAUUCUCCGGCUUCAGAUUCACCAGCCGAAGAUGCACGCCCGGUAUUGUCAAAUUCAGCGAUUGAAUCUGCCACUAAACAGGAAGUUGUAGAACCAAAUAUGUACGAAAGCGUAAAACAGCGACAUCAAGCAAAGAAGCAAGCCACACUCGUUGCCCAAAAAAAGGCCAAAAAUGUUGUGGCGUGCAAUUCACUUCGUAGGCGACAACCUAAAAAAGAAGAUUCAGAAGAUGGUGAAGAAGAUCGAAGGAAUGGUGCUGCGGAAGAAGAUGAUGAAUCAGAUGAAAAUGUGCCGCGACAUUAUGCGUUAAGGACACAUAUCAAUCCAGUAGCACGCUUUUGUAUUGAGCCGCGUGCUCAGUCUACUCGUACAUAUACUCUUCGACGUGAACUGUCGAAUAAUGAUUUACGAGAAUCAGGAUCACGACGACAUAUCCAUCGAAAACGACUCUUUGGUAGAAGCGAUUCGGAUUCAUCCUCUACUUCAUCUGAAGGUGCCAUGCAAGCUACUGGGGAUGCUCGAUUCGAAUGUCACCGUUUGCGAAGAAUGAAUAAAGCUAGAGCUCAGUUACGUCCAGUCAACAACGAUGAUCUGUCGUAUACAAUUGGCGUGCGUGAAUUGAUCCGUCGCAAAGCGGGAGCAGCUAACAUUUCCGGAUCAGAUAUUGAUCCCAUGCACAUUGAUCGUAGCAUAGAUUUUAGCAAAAUUGGUGGUUUGGAUUGUCAUAUACAAUCUUUGAAAGAAGUAGUUCUUUUCCCGUUAUUGUACGGUGAAAUUUUUUCUCAGUUCAAUAUUCAGCCGCCGAAAGGAGUUCUUUUUUACGGGCCACCGGGUACGGGAAAGACACUUGUAGCACGUGCGUUGGCCAAUUCAUGUAGCGAAGGUGACAAAAAAGUAGCAUUUUUCAUGCGGAAAGGAGCCGAUAUUUUGAGCAAAUGGGUAGGCGAAUCUGAACGACAGUUAAGAGCUCUUUUCGAACAGGCCUUCAUAAUGCGUCCUUCUAUAAUAUUUUUUGAUGAAAUCGAUGGCUUGGCUCCCGUUCGAAGUUCAAGACAAGAUCAAAUUCACAGUUCCAUCGUUUCAACUUUGCUAGCACUUAUGGAUGGUUUGGACAGUCGGUGCGAGGUUGUUAUAAUCGGAGCAACGAAUAGGAUAGAUGCGAUUGAUCCUGCUUUGAGACGUCCUGGUCGAUUUGAUCGAGAAUUAAGCUUCCGUUUGCCUCAUAAGAAUGCCAGAUUGGAAAUUUUAAAAAUUCAUACGUCAUGUUGGGGAAUUAAUCGACCAUCAGAUACGAUUUUCAAAUGGCUUUCUGAUCACACGUCAGGGUAUUGCGGCGCGGAUUUGAAGUUGCUUUGUACGGAAGCAAUUCUUACUGCACUUCGAUCUCAGUUUCCUCAAAUUUAUUCAUCCAAAGAAAAGGUUUGCAUUGAUCCCAAGGCAUUAAAAGUGGGAAAGAAAGAUUUUGAUAUUGCUAUGCGACGCAUUGUACCAGCUGGUCGAAGAGAUUUUACUAUACCUUCGCGAAUUUUGGACGACAGGCUUAAGAUAUUGUUAGAAGAUGUGAUUGCUUUAAUAUGCCACCGCAUUCCUAAGGGUUAUCACGAUGUAGUUGAUGACGGUCGGGAAUUGGGUGACAUCGAGCGAAUCUUAAAAACAGUUUAUUCAAGUCCUGCUAUACCGUCUGCUCGUUUACUGCUCUGCGGUUCCUCCAGUAAUAUGGGUCAAACGUCGUAUAUCCUACCUGUUAUCAUAAAUCAUUUGGAUCAUCUUCCGGUAUUUUCACUUUCAAUGGCCAACCUCUUCUCUUACGGGUCACCUGAGGAGCGUUUUUCUCACUGUGUACAAUCAGCUAUUCGAGCCUCAUCAAGUGGGACACCGUGCUUACUGUUGAUUCCUUCCAUUGACAGAUGGUAUUCAUCAGUACCUCCAUCAGUUUGGAAUUUGCUCCUAUCUGCCGUCAGUUCGUUUACGGGUUUCACUUCCAUUCUUCUUCUUUCGACAGCAGAAUGUAGCUAUUCGGAACUUCCUGACGAGAUCCAAUUAGUUUUUCGUUCUCAAGAUUCAAUGGAAAUAACUGCACCUCCAGCUGACCGACUUGAAGCUUAUUUCCGGCAUGUUAUUGUCGAACCAGCUUGUACUCCACCCAUAACAUUCAACAUUGAUGAAUAUCCUACACUUUCAAAAGCUGAUGUAGUACAACCGUCAAGCCGUCUCAGCAAUGAUGAAAUUAAAGAACUGAAGAAGCUUUAUAAUCAGUAUCAUUUGGAAGUAAUCCUUCAUUACGAAGAAACCAUUGCUCGUUUAAUCCGUGACCGUCGGUUCAGUGCAUUCGUACAACCAGUGGAUCCUGUAGAUGUACCCGAUUAUUACACACACAUUAAAAAUCCUAUGGAUCUUGGUACUAUGUUUUCAAAAGCAUCCAGCUAUAAGACGCCUGAUGAAUUCCUCAACGAUUUCCGACUGAUUCAUCGAAACGCAGUGGAAUAUAAUCCAGUAACUGAUUAUGAAGGACGUCAGAUUCGCAUUAUGGCGAAAGUGUUGUUGGAUAUGGGUCAGCGGGCAGUUCUGGAACUGGAUUCCAAGUUUUUGAAACGUCUAGAGGAUGUGAAAAGAAUGUUGAAAGAGAAUGGCAUCGAGGUGGAUGACGAAAGUGAUGAAGGCGGUCGUGGGGAGCAGCUUAACGGAUAUGUAGCGAAUAAUUGUGAAGUUCAUGUGAAGAACGGUCAAUUGGAAACGCGUGCGCCAGAAGAAUUGAAAAAAACCGGCAUCAAGCGACGUGGGUUGCACACUUAUAGAUUGUCUCGGAAACGGCGUUGCAUCAAAAAAUCCCUUAAAAAGUGCCGUGCAAGCCAACCAAAUUUGAGUAGUCAAAUCGAAGGUGUUGAUAUUGAAGAUGGUGUGCUAAGUGAAGGCGACCAGCCGAUAACGGAUGAUGACAAGGGUUUCGAGAAUGGACGGUGUAUGGAUACUAGCAAUUCAAGUUCAAAUCGUGAAACGGGUAUCAUUAACGAAGGUAGAAAUCUUAAAAUCGAUCUCAACAAACUCGAUGGAAUAGUCCAUAUGGCUGUGGGAAAAAGUCGCGAUUGGCCAUUGGUGGAUCUAGAACUUUUUGCUGCAAGAAUUUCGGAGAUUAUUGAGGUAUUCCGUGAUAAAUGGGAUCGUACACAAUUGCCGUAUGAAGUCGGUGAAAUGAUCCCACGCGUUGCACCGUUGAAACCAGAACAAAUUCUGGACCGAGGGGAUAUCGGUACCGUUAUCGCUCUGGGGUCACCGUCGCAAGCUUUACGAAGUGCAGGUUAUCGAACGGCACGCUCACAGGAUGAAAACUGA